UUCACCACCAAUUGUAACUGGAGCAAAGAGGAUUAUAUUUUCCCAUCACACCGUCUCCGCCAGCAAUAUGACGGUCGUCGAAGAUGUUCAGACGUACCAGCUAUCGACGCGCUUAAUUUUUUAUCCUCUAGUACUUCUUGCCACCGGAUUAUGGCUCCUAUACAGAUGGCAACAACAGUCAAGAUUACACAAACUAGGAAACAAACUGCCGGGGCCCAUGGCCAUUCCUGUAUUUGGAAAUGCUCUGAUAGCCCUCGGUAAAAAACCAGAAGAAUUGGUGAGAUACGCCCUGCAAUACGCCGAAAUCUACGGAACAGUCGUCCGUGGUUGGUUCGGCUCCAAACUGAUUGUGUUCUUGAGCGACCCUGAUGAUGUAGAAGUAAUCCUCAACAGCCAAGUGCACAUCGACAAAGCCUCUGAGUACAGAUUCUUCAAGCCCUGGCUUGGUGAAGGUCUUCUUAUCAGUUCAGGCGAGAAAUGGAGGUCCCACCGCAAGAUGAUUGCUCCCACUUUCCACAUCAACGUCCUGAAGUCCUUCGUGGACACCUUCAAUCAGAACAGCAGGAGUGUUGUCAGCAAGAUGAAGACCGAAAUGGGAAAAGUUUUUGAUGUCCAUGACUACAUGAGCGGUGUUACCGUUGACAUUCUUUUGGAAACCGCUAUGGGCAUUACCAAGGAAACUCAAGACCAAUCCGGCUUUGACUACGCUAUGGCUGUGAUGAAGAUGUGCGAUAUCAUCCACCAAAGGCACUACAAAUUCUGGCUUCGCUUCGACUCAAUCUUCAAGCUUACCUCUUUCUUCGAAAAGCAAAAGCAACUGUUAGGCAUCAUCCACGGUCUCACAAACAAGGUAAUUAAAAACAAGAAAGAGCGAUACAUCCAGAACAAGUCUAAAGGUAUUACACCUGGCAUCGUAGAGGAGAAAAUGUCGUCAGAAAACGAGACAGGUCUUGCCAAUGUUAAGACUCUGGCUGACACAGUCUUCAAGGGCUACCGCGAUGACCUUGACUUCAACGAUGAAAACGACGUCGGUGAGAAGAAGCGCCUUGCUUUCUUGGACCUUAUGAUUGAGUCCGCUCAAAACGGCACAAACAAAAUCACUGAUCAUGAAAUCAAGGAAGAGGUUGAUACUAUUAUGUUUGAGGGUCACGAUACAACAGCAGCUGGCUCCAGUUUCUUCCUCUGCCUGCUCGGAAUUCACCAAGACAUCCAAGCCAGGGUCUACGAUGAGCUUUACUCCAUCUUCGGAGACUCUGACCGCCCCUGCACUUUCGAAGACACGCUCCAAAUGAAAUACAUGGAAAGGGUCAUCUUCGAAUCGCUCAGAAUGUACCCACCAGUGCCAAUCAUAGCCAGAAAAUUGAACCGCGACGUUAAGAUUUCCACAAACAACUACGUGCUUCCCGCUGGAUCUACGGUAGUGGUUGGCACCUUCCAGAUCCACCGCAAUCCGAAAUACUACAAGAACCCCAAUGUGUUUGACCCUGACAACUUCUUGCCAGAGAACACACAGAACAGACACUACUAUAGCUACAUUCCAUUCAGUGCUGGCCCCAGGAGUUGUGUUGGUCGUAAAUACGCUCUUCUGAAGUUAAAGAUCCUCCUGUCUACCAUCCUCCGUAACUACAAAAUGGUAUCUGAUGUUACCGAGGACCAGUACGUAUUACAAGCUGACAUCAUCCUUAAGAGAAAUGAUGGCUUCAGGGUUCAAAUCGAACCAAGGAAACGGGUCCCAUCUACCGCCGCUUAAAUUAAACUCUUAGUUAGAGGAAGCUAUGACUGUUAACAUUUCAACUGUCAUCAUUACUAUUAACGUAGUCAUUAUGAACACUAAUGUUACAAAUGAUAAGACCUGAUAAAUUUUAAGGCUAAAUCAAAUAUUUCAGAUCAUUUGUGUAAUUAGGGUAACACUAUUUAUAUUCUUGAAUGGUUACGAAAGGUGAUAUGUAUUUAAUAAAAGUUGCU